AUCAAAACAAGUGUGUGAAACAAGAAGCGAUAGUUGGAAGAAAAGUUGUGCAAUUCAUAUAUAAUUACCCGGUGAUACACAAAGGCCUCUGGCUGGCAACGGUGUGUGAAAUCAAAAUUUUUCUGUGAUUCGGUGCAUAUUGUACGUGUUGGUUUGCCAGCUUUGCCCUAUUCGCCAAAGGGACGCUGAAACUGUCGAAAGAGUGAGAGAGAGAGCGAGCACUGAGCGAGCGAGAGACUGAGGGAAGCGAUUGUCUAAAACGCCCCCAUCGCCCCCACAAAUCCCCGAAACCCAGCGGAAACAAGACCCAUACGGGGGACAAAAUACCAGCCACCCCUAUGAAAAAGUACUUUCUCAACAAAAUGUCCACCGGCAAGCGUCUGGCGAAGCGCUCGAUCGUGGGUACGCGCGUCUGUGCGCCCGGUACCGAUGGCAUCUGGUACUCGGGCAAGAUCGAGUUCGUCAAAACGGCGUCCGACCAGAAGGAGCCGGGCCGCAGCCCGGGCGGCAGCUUCCUGCCGGGGCUGACCACGCCCGCCCGCUACACGGUGCUGUUCGACAACGCGAAGGAGGUGGCCCGGCUCGGGCUCGCCCGGGAGUUCCGCGAGACCGAGCUGAUCGGGCGCGGUUUCCGAACGAUCGCGGACGUGAAGCUGAAACCGGGCCAGAAGGUGUUCCUCACGUACAAUGGGCGCGAGAACACCGGCGAGGUGAUCGCACACGACGACCUGAAGGACGAGGUGAAGGUGCGCAUUGCCGGUGCGACGAACGGUGCUGCACAGGAGGCGCCGAUUGAGCUAACCAAGCGGCUGGAGGAAAUUCGUCUGCUGGAAUCGCGCCGCUCGCAGCGGCUGGCAGUGCAGGAGAAGGAUACGGACUUUGCCCGGCUGGCGGAUAUGGCCGGCGAUCGUCGACGACAAUCAAACAGCAUCGAUGUGCCAUUCUCACUGACGCAACAGAACGGAUCUCGCAAACGACGGCCCUCGUACUCGCAGGACGAUCGAGAGUACUACAGUAUUAACGACGACGAUCCGAUGGACGAAUGCAACGCCGCGCUGGUACUUAUGAGCCUGUCCUGCUCGCCCAACUCAUCCGUGCACGGUUACGAAACAAUUCUUGGCACCAGUUCGGGCAGCAGCACCACCUCCUGGAGCACCGGAUCGACCUCGCCGCCGCUGAGCGAGGAUGGACAUUCCACACCACCGACGCACCACUACCAGCACGAGCUGAACCACAAUCAUCAUCACAAUGGACGCCACCAGGCGGCGGGUUCGGGCGGUUCGGGCGGCCGUGGCGCGCGCACCACCUCCCUGUCGACCUCGGACGAAGGCAUCGGCAUGGAGUACAACGAGGACAUGCCGAGAAAGCGUCGGGUCAGUCAGCGAAUUUUCAAAUGCACCUGGAAAGGUUGUGGCGUCAUCUACACUACAUGUACGGAAAUCACUCAACACGUUAGGAACGCACAUCUUGGCCCCCGCAAGCCGAACGAGUACAGCGACGAGGAGGAUUUCUUCUUCACCGAAACCGAGGAUGAGAGCGACGAGAGCGCGCCGAAUCCACCCUCGCCACCGACGCUGAGCCAUCGCGACAUGGCACGUCCCCCGCACGAGGAUCCCGAGUACCAGCGCCAGAUUGUUGGCACCUACCGGCAGGGAUUGCUCUCGCAAUCGCAGGCCCUCCAGCAGCAACAGCAGCAGCAGCAGGCUGCACAGCAGCAGCAACAGCAACACCAGGCCCAACAGCAGCAGAUCGCCUCCAUCAAGCCACCACUGCCGGCCGGCCUAACGGUGGCGGCCCUGAGCGGCGCCAACGGCACCUCGUCGGCCAGCAAUGGCGGCUCGAACGGCAGCAGCAGCAGCAGCAACAGCAAUGGCAGCACCAGCAACGGUGCGGUCAACCCGCACAGCAGCGUCUCGCCGCUGAUUCACCACAACUACACCUGGUCGCAGGUUAGCCCGACGUCACCCCAGAAGCACGUGCGACUGUCGCCCCGACCGUCGGCCUCGUAUCCGUACCCGUCGCCGAACUACCAGCACCACUAUCAGGCGCAGGCCGCCCAGCAGCAGCAGCAGCACCAUCAGCAGCAGCUCGGCCACAUCCAGCUGUCGCCGGGUGCGGGCAGUGGCAGCAACGGUACCGCCGCCUACCACCAGCUGCUGGCGGGUGCGGCCGGCGCCACCGGCGCCAUCACGCUCGGCUCGUACAGCAGCAGCCCGGGCUCGAGCGGCGGCGGCAGCAGCGUGGGCAGUGCGGGCAGCGGCCAGCACCGUUCGCCCGUGUCGCCGAACCGGAGGACGCGCGGCGAGAACAAGAAGUGCCGCAAGGUGUACGGCAUGGACCACAAGGAUCAGUGGUGCACCCAGUGCAAGUGGAAGAAGGCGUGCAGUCGAUUCGGCGACUGAUCCAAGCCGUCCGCCGGCAACCGCAAAGCAGCAGCAGCGCCACCACCACCACCGCCACCUCCAGCGGGCAGUAGCGGCAGCGCCAAGUUGCACCCGUCGGCAGUCGUCGGGCCGAGUGGGGCAUCGUCUGGCAACGCCAACGCUGCCCCGUCUACUUCGCCAUCGUCCUCACAGUCGCUGUGGAUAUCGUCGUCGUCGUCGUCCUCGUCGUCGUCCUCGUCAUCGUCGUCUUCUUCCGCGUCCUUAUUGUCCUGUCCGUCGUCCGCGGUGGCGAUGGUCAAGCAGGUGAUCCAGCUGCAGUCCCAGCCGCCACUGGCCGCAACCGCAUCGUCGCUGCUCCUACACAACCAACACAGCCAGCCGGCUCAGCACCGGCUCAGCGUGCAGUACGCACAACCGCAGCAUCCGCGUCCGCGCGCCCACGGCAUGGUGGUCUGAUGCGAUCGGCCGCCACCGUUACAGCGUGCCAGGUACGACGUGUGUCAUCGAGGCAGCCUCAUCGGGGUGCAACCAAUUUAGUAAUUGCGAGCGAAAUCAUCGCAACAAAUGAACACCCUUCCGGCACAACGUUGCAAGCGUCCGCAACAGACAUGGUGCCAGCAACAAAUCACUUAACAUUGGCGGUGCAGAUAGAACGCAGCCAGCCAACCAACCAACCAACCAAACCAGCUCAUCGACGAUGGACAAAAGCAAAAACCGUAAGUAGAGAGUAGUAAGAAGUAAAACAUCAGACAGAGAGAAAUGAAAAAAACACCCAAUAGUUAAGACUACACUGCGAAACGAUAAACGCAGUGAAAAGGAAAAAAACACACACAAUUACAAGAAGCAAAAGAUCUUUAAAACAAAACACAAGAGAGAGCGAUAGAGAGAGUUAAAAGAAGAAAAAAAAACACAAACAAAAGAAAACGAAAAUACGAAAACCACAAGACAUCAAAGGCUGAUUUAGUUUUAACAUGCGGAUAAACAAAAAAAACGAGUUAAAAAACAAACGAAAAAAAAACAAUCUACAAAGCCAACCGAUUGGGUGACAUCGAACUGGCCAGGGGUAAAUGGUCGUACCGCACGGCAUUAGCCACACUACCAUGGCAUGAUGGAGGCGCCCCGGACCUUUGGACGGAAGUGCGUGACAUUGCGCUAGCAUAUGUUUUCAAGUCACUUGUCUUGACUUAUUUAAUUCACAAAGCAAGCGCGAUCGAUCGCCCUCACUGUGCCACUAUUGCGUCUCGCCAAUCGUCGCUCGUCCGCCCCGACAACCGGACUCGACUCGCGAUCCUGCCAGCGGCUGCACUGAUACAAUCUUCUGACAAAUAUACCGUCCGAUAAUCAAAACAUCAAACAAUGUAAACCUCACACACCCAUGUUCCCCCAGGUUAAAGCAACAAACACUCAAACUAUCCGGACGGAAGUGGGGAGUGUGAGGAUCGCGAUGGAAGGAUCGCCGUUCGUACUGGUGGUGAGCGUGAGAGUGACUGGGCGCCUCCAUCGAUCGUUACCGCCGCGGCACGACCGCCGUACCGAAUGAUCUCGAACCCGUUCGCUGUGCCGAAGAAAUGUGAAAUAAGGGUAUUUAAACAAACACACACACACACGUACGCAAAAAGAAGAUUACAAAGAUGUAACACAAAAGAUCUGCAAUUCGAGAAGGGGAAGGGAUAUGCAAAAUGAGGAGCAAAAAAUGGAAAAAUUAAAAAAUAAAACCCACUGCCAAUAAGUUUAAUGAAGCGAGGGCGAUAAAUGCCGACACCGACUCAAAUGCAAAAAGAAGGGUUAAAAAGAGAAAAGCAAGGGCAAAAAAGACGCAAAAGCUCGCCACUAACGCGUUGUUAGCUAUGUGAAGAAGAGGAAGAAAAAACAUGCAGGAUGUAAGUAAGGAAGAAGUUAUCACAAAACCAAGCGUACAUCGCUGAAAGGUGAAGGCAGAAGGCAAAAAGCGAAAGCAUAUUGUUAGUAACAGCAUCAUAAGUAAUCAACAGCAAACAACACAAGCAAAAACCUAAGCAAACCACAAGUAAAAACGUAUAAACGUAAUUCGUAAACGUAAAUUCUCUACUGCAAGCGAUAACAACAACAUUAACAAAACAAACAAACGCAAAUUCUGUCUAUCUGUGUGUGAGUGUAUGUAAUUGUAACAUAGGAGAAUAAGUAACGAGGGGUAUGAUCGGUAAAUGAAGAUUAUAAAGCAAGCAUAAUUAAGGCCACAAGCAGACACAAGUGCUCGAAACACACACACACACUCACGCGUUGGUACCUACUGUGUAUGUUUACCUACAAUUAAAAGCGGGUUGUAUGACGAUACCGGCGGUUGGAGUUGGAAGUUAUGCAUGCUAGAGGAGAAUCCUGAUGCGCCAGCACCGACUGCACCGGCCUAGAAAACAGCCACCGUUUUUCCCUCCCUCACCAGCUAAUGCUCCUAUUUACCAAUUUUACCAACUACUACUAAAAUUACUAAACGAAAACACACCUAUCGCCGUUUACGCGUACGCCAAGCAUAGAGUGGGCAGAAAAGCGGGUUUCGAUAAGCAUAUGGGAGCCGUGGUCACAUCUGAACGCGUACGACCCUCCCCACGAAGAGUUACCCACGAGUCGAUCGAUCGUCACCGAUGGCCAGCAGCGAGCCCUGUAAUGUGUGUUGUUAUACUUUUCCUACACGCUUCUCAGUCUCCCGCUUAGUGCAGCAGAGCAAAUGUGAUACCAAGCGGCGGGACAAUCAUUACUGUUUUUGACCCCGUUGUGAGUACCGAGCUUUUAAGACGCGAUCGUGCGCCUUGGCACGAUCGUUUACGGCAGCAUUGUUACCGGGCUUUUUUUCUUCACAAGCGGUGAAAGCAUACUUUGCCAAUGCUUCGAAGCUUUCCUUCCCCUUUGGAAACCGAUACGACAAGGUUAAUUAAACCUUGUACUGUUGUGCGUGGUUUAAGGGGGAUUUCUGAUUGUAAGGGACCCUCUGGACACGGUCCACCUGGUCCCAUUCAAAUCCUCGCCGCGGUCGUGGCAGCGGGAACAGUGAUCGCUAAUGGCAAUGAUGAUGAUGACGGUGAACGAUGAUGGAAAUGAUACGCAAUUUUGCAACUGAUGAUCUCUGUGAAACUGUUCAUUUUUUUUAAUUUAAUUCUCUCUCCCCGCGCGUAGAGACUUGCAUAUUUAUAAACAUUUAUUUUUUAUUCGUACGAUUGUUUGUUUGUUUUACAACGUGUUUUUGUAGCUCGUGUCGUUCUGCGUAUCCAUGGCUUGCUCUGCCCUUGUCUGGUCUGGUAAUUAUGGCCAAACAUGAUUAGUACCGGCAGGAGUGCUUUGUUUCUGUACUGGUGGUACUGCUUCUUCUUCGAGCGCGAGCAACUUGAACUUGGGCGGAGGAAGCAUUCAUUCUUCGAACCCUUCCAUACUGCACUGUGCAGCUGCAGCCAGGUGGCAAGGAUAUUAAAUCAAUCAAGAACGCCAAAACACACCGACAUUUUUCAUUGCCCGAGUAUCUCCAGCUUCAAAAAUCCCAAAAAUUCAAACAAUCGGUUGAAACACGCUAAUAUGUAAGCAACACAUGGAAUAACACAAAAAAACAAACAAACAAAAGCAAUUGGAACGUGAGCAAGAACUGAACCGCUGAGGGUAAAUUUUGACAAAAAAGAGGGAUGGGGGGUUAGAUUACACCGAUAGUGAUGCUAAGCAAACUCUACACACACACAUGUGUAUGCGGAAGUGGAGUGGAGAACUCGUGAGGAUACUGGCAGGAAAUGCAUUGGAAAAGCAUUCGAAUAGUUCAGAUUGGUUCAGGAAUGUUUGCAAUGCCGAGGGAAAAGGGAGCACGUGUGCAGGCAAUGGUCCCUAAAGCAGCCACAAGCGCACUGCAGUAACUACUACUACUACUACUACUACUACUACUACUACGACUACUACUACUAUAACUACUACUUUUAAUGACAAUCGUGAGCAAACUGAUAAGCAAAUGCAUUCGAUCGCAAGCAAAAGGAAUCUUUACGUAGUAAGUGUACGUGUAUGUGUGUGCAUGUGAAUGUGUGUGUGUGCGUGCCAUUGCUUUUACACAUGCACAAAUGAUCAUCAUUUUCCCCAUUUCCCACACACCGCCCGGUUUUACCAACAACAAUCAGAACAAUGGGAUGAAGGAAUGUUUGAUUGCUUGGUGGGUGGCUUUUAUGUGGUGGCUGUUUGUUUUUCACUUCCAAUUUACCACCACCAAAAAAAACAAACUGGAAUCGAACGGGUAUGCGAACGAGAGAGAAAGAGACAGAGACAUGAAAGAGUAAACAGUAAAGCAACGUUGGAAAUGUAUUGACAAGACUAAAAACUUUUGCCUAUUUAUAUGUACAAAUCGAACAAAAACUGCGGAUAAGGGAAGUCGUAACGGGAAUGAUCGAACACGUGUGUGCUGUGCUGUUUGCAGUACAUUAGCAACCCAAACAACGCUGAAACCAAGCAUUACAUUGGUUCACUUGUGCAAGUGCAGCAUUUGGGCAAGUAUAAUGUGUUUCGUGUACCGUUCCUUGUGGGUUAGGACCACAGAACAUACAUACAUAUAUACAUACAUACAUACGCACACACACACACAUACAAAACAUACACCAUUUGGGAGAUAGUAGCGAACAGGAUAGCGAUGUGUUUGAUAGCAGGAAUCGAUAAGAAAGCAUGUGGCAUAACCGAGUAGUGAUGUGACUUACGAACGUGUGUGGAUGUGUGUAAAACGUCUCUUUGUCCGUGUGUAGUAGUGAAGCCGUUUUUUAAGUGUAAUUUUCCUCUCACAAAAAAACCCCGUUUUAUCGUGUUUGUUAGUAAUGAAAGGUGGACAGGUGGUUGUAAUCGUAAAAAAAAUGCAAGCAGGAACGAACAGGAGAGAAUGUUAGGAAACGCAUUACCCAUAAUACCGUGUGGAUAGCUUAAGCCGGUUUUGAAAGCGGAACAGAAGCCAGUUAGGAUGAUGCGCAUAAGACAUGCCAUGGAGAAAGAGAAUGAAAGAGAGAGAGAAAGAGAGAGAAAGAGAGAGAGAGAGAGAGAGAACAAGCAAGUGCAUGUAACAUGAUACAGAAGUAACACAUUUAGCACCUCUUCAUCUAAAGCAAAUGCACUCCGCCAUUUUACCACUCCUGCAAAAGGCAAGUAAGAAGUAACAACAAAAGGAUAAGAAGAAGACGGUCAAAUAGAGCACAUAACAGAACAGAACAGAGAACCGAAGAGAGAGCAACACAGUUGUACAAAACAAACAAACAAUAGCACACGAAUAAACCAGACAAACGAAUGAUUAGUGUACUGGACUGGGCGUUAGUAGACGACGAACGUGAGCGAGGACAGAGAUGAUGAAUAUAAAGCGCAGUAAGCGAAGAAGUGGAUCAGUGGAGGAGGAACAAAAUAUGGCGCAUUAUUAUCGGGGUUACCGUAUUUUAUCUGUUUUAAUAUAUGAUUAUUAUUAUUAUUAUUUUGUUGUUUUUAAGCGAACCAAGAAAAAAAACAUACAAAAAACACACACACAAACGCAAAAAACACAUACACACUCAUACCCAUGAAAAGUAAAAAGUAAGCAUCAAUGUGACAAUGUGUUGUACAGUAGUAGUAGCAGCAGCAGCAGCAGAGAAGUGCGAU